GGCGACGCAAAAUGAGAGCUUUGUACCUCCUCUACUUUGUGGUGGCUUUUGUCACCUUACUGCCGAAUACAUCAACUCUAAGCAUCGGUUUAGGUGGUGGUAUCGGACUUCACGGUGGAAGCAAAGGCGGCGCUCGAGGCCAUGAUGGCGGCAAAAGCGAUGCUGGAGGUGUAGCCGGAAGCAAAGUAGGAGGUGGAAAAAAAGGUGGUGCUGGAGUUAAAAUUGACUCUGGAGGCCUAAUAGGACAUGGAAGCCAAGGCGGCGUAGGAAGCGAUGCCGUAGGCAAAGGCGGUGCCGAAGGUGAUGCCGGAGGCAAAGGUGGUGAUGGAGGUAAAACAGGAGGCAAAAACGGUGCUGGAGGCGAUGCCGGAGGCAAAGGCGACGCUGAAGGAGAUGCAGGAGGCAAGGGCAGUGCAGGAGUCAAAGUAGGAGGCGGAACCAAGGGCGGUGCUGGUGGCGAUGCUGGAGGCAAAGGAGGAGCUGGAGGUGAUGCCGGAGGCAAGGGCAGUGCUGGAGGCAAAACAGAAGGUGGAUACAAAGGCAGUGCUGGAGGUGAUGCCGGAGGCAAAGGCGGUGCAGGAGCCAAAGUAGGAGGCGGAACUAAAGGCGGUACUGGUGGCGAUGCUGGUGGCGAUGCUGGAGGAAAAGGAGGAGCUGGAGGCGAUGCCGGAGGUAAAGGUGGCGCAGGAGGCAAAACAGGAGGCGGAAGCAAAGACGGUGCUGGAGGUGAUGCUGGCGGCAAAGGCGGUGCUGGAGAUGAUGCCGGAGGCAAGGGCGGUGCAGGAGCCAAAGUAGGAGGCGGAACCAAAGGCGGUACUGGUAGCGAUGCUGGAGGCAAAGGAGGAGCUGGAGGCGAUGCCGGAGGCAAAGGUGGCGCCGGAGGCAAAGGCGGUGCAGGAGCCAAAGUAGGAGGCGGAACCAAAGGCGGUACUGGUGGCGAUGCUGGAGGCAAAGGAGGAGCUGGAGGCGAUGCCGGAGGCAAAGGUGGCGCUGGAGGCAAAGGAGGUGCUGGAGGCAAAACAGGAGGCGGAAGCAAAGAUGGUGCUGGAGGUUAUGCCGGCGGCAAAGGUGGUGCUGGAGACGAUGCCGGAGGCAAGGGCGGUGCAGGAGCCAAAGUAGGAGGUGGAACUAAAGGCGGUACUGGUAGCGAUGCUGGAGGAAAAGGAGGAGCUGGAGGCAAUGUCGGAGGCAAAGGUGGCGCUGGAGGCAAAACAGGAGGCGGAAGCAAAGACGGUGCUAGAGGUGAUGCUGGCGGCAAAGGCGGUGCUGGAGACGAUGCCGGAGGCAAGGGCGGUGCAGGAGCCAAAGUAGGAGGCGGAACCAAAGGCGGUACUGGUAGCGAUGCUGGAAGCAAAGGAGGUGCUGGAGGUGAUGCCGGAGGCAAAGGCGGUGAUGGAGGUAAAACAGGAGACAAAAACGGUGCUGGAGGCAAUGCCGGAGGCAAGGGCGAUGCUGAAGGCGAUGCCGGAGGCAAAGGCGCUGGAGGAGCCAAAGUAGGAGGCGGAACCAAAGGCGGUACUGGUGGCGAUGCUGGAGGAAAAGGUGGAGCUGGAGGCGAUGCCGGAGGCAAAGGUGGUGCUGGAGGCAAAACAGGAGGUGGAAGCAAAGACGGUGCUGGAGGUGAUGCCGGAGGCAAGGGUAGUGCAGGAGCUAAAGUAGGAGGCGGAACCAAAGGCGGUACUGGUAGCGAUGCUGGAGGCAAAGGAGGUGCUGGAGGUGAUGCCGGAGGCAAAGGCGGUGAUGGAGGCAAAACAGGAGACAAAAACGGUGCUCGAGGCAAUGCCGGAGGCAAGAGCGAUGCUGGAGGCGAUGCCGGAAGCAAAGGCGCUGGAGGAGCCAAAGUAGGAGGCGGAACCAAAGGCGGUACUGGUAGCGAUGCUGGAGGCAAAGGAGGUGCUGGAGGUAAAACAGGAGACAAAAACGGUGCUGGAGGCAAUGCCGGAGGCAAGAGCGAUGCUGGAGGCGAUGCCGGAAGCAAAGGCGCUGGAGGAGCCAAAGUAGGAGGCGGAACCAAAGGCGGUACUGGUGGCGAUGCUGGAGGCAAAGGAGGAGCUGGAGGCGAUGCCGGAGGCAAAGGUGGCGCCGGAGGCAAAGGCGGUGCAGGAGCCAAAGUAGGAGGCGGAACCAAAGGCGGUACUGGUGGCGAUGCUGGAGGCAAAGAAGGAGCUGGAGGCGAUGCCGGAGGCAAAGGUGGCGCUGCAGGCAAAGGAGGUGCUGGAGGCAAAACAGAAGGUGGAAACAAAGGCAGUGCUGGAGGUGAUGCCGGAGGCAAAGGUGGCGCUGGAGGCAAAACAGGAGGCGGAAGCAAAGACGGUGCUGGAGGUGACGCUGGCGGCAAAGGCGGUGCUGGAGACGAUGCCGGAGGCAAGGGCGGUGCAGGAGCCAAAGUAGGAGGCGGAACCAAAGGCGGUACUGGUAGCGAUGCUGGAGGCAAAGGAGGUGCUGGAGGUGAUGCCGGAGGCAAAGGCGGUAAUGGAGGUAAAAUAGGAGACAAAAACGGUGCUGGAGGCAAUGCCGGAGGCAAGAGCGAUUCUGGAGGCGAUGCCGGAGGCAAGGGCGGUGCAGGAGCCAAAGUAGGAGGCGGAAUCAAAGGCGGUACUGGUGGCGAUGCUGGAGGAAAAGGUGGAGCUGGAGGCGAUGCCGGAGGCAAAGGUGGUGCUGGAGGCAAAACAGGAGGUGGAAGCAAAGACGGUGCUGGAGGUGAUGCCGGCGGCAAAGGCGGUGCUGGAGACGAUGCCGGAGGCAAAGGCGGUGCUGGAGGCGAUGCCGGAGGCAAAGGCGGUGCUGGAGGUGAUGCCGGAGGCAAAGGCGACACUGGAGGAGAUGCAGGAGGUAAGAGCAGUGCUGGAGGCGAUGCCGGAGGCAAAGGUGGCGUUAAAGGCAAAGGAGGUGCUGGAGGCAAAACAGAAGGUGGAAACAAAGGCAAUGCUGGAGGUGAUGCCGGAGGCAAAGGCGUUGAUGGAGGUAAAACAGGAAGCAAAAAUGGUGCUGGAGACGAUGCCGGAGGCAAGGGCGAUGCUGGAGGCGAUGCCGGAAGCAAAGGCACUGGAGGAGCCAAAGUAGGAGGCGGAACCAAAGGCGGCACUGGUGGCGAUGCUGGAGGAAAAGGAGGAGCUGGAGGCGAUGCCGGAGGCAAAGGUAGCGCUGGAGACAAAACAGGAGGCGGAAGCAAAGACGGUGCUGGAGGUGAUGCCGGCGGCAAAGGCGGUGCUGGAGGCAAAACAGAAGGUGGAGACAAAGGCGACGCUGGAGGAGAUGCAGGAGGCAAGAGCGGUGCUGGAGGCGAUACCGGAGGCAAGGGUGGUGCUGGAGGCGAUGCCGGAGGCAAAGGUGGCGCUGGAGGCAAAGGAGGUGCUGGAGGAAAAACACAAGGUGGAAACAAAGGCAUUGCUGGAGGUGAUGCCAGAGGCAAAGGCGGCGAUGGAGGUAAAACAGGAGGCAAAGACGAUGCUGGAGGCGAUGCCGGAGGAAAGGGUGGCGCUGGAGGCAAUGCCGGAGGCAAAGGCGCUGCAGGAGCCAAAGUAGGAGGCGGAACCAAAGGCGGUGCUGGUGGCAAUGCUGGAGGCAAAGGCGGUGCCGAAGGUGAUGCCGGAGGCAAAGGUGGCGCUGGAGGCAAAACAGAAGGCGGAAGCAAAGACGGUGCUGGAGGUGAUGCUGGCGGCAAAGGCGGUGCUGGAGACGAUGCCGGAGGCAAGGGCGGUGCUGGAAGUGACGCCGGAGGCAAAGGCGGUGCUGGAGGCGAUGCCGGAGGCAAGGGCGGUGCUGGGGGCGGUGGCAGAGUCAAAGGCGGUGCAGGAGGCAAAAUCGGAGGCAAAGGUAGCGCUGGAGGAAAAGUGAAAGGUGGAAGCAAAGGCAGCCUUGGGGGUGGCUUGAGUGUUGGUCUUGGCACAAAGAAGUGACUGAAAACUCUUGGUAUCCCCAAGAGAUUGUUCCGUACGAGUCAAAUUACGAUAUUAUUUUUUAAACGAAAUAAAAAUUCUCAUUAUUAUAAAGGCAUACAUUUAUACCAAAUAUAAAACUUAGUAAAAUUA